AUGCUGUCUCCAAGCAUCGAUAAAGAGACUUCCCUUUGCAACACCUCACAAUCAAGUUUAGAGGACAGAGUGGAGGCCCGCGGAACGCUCAAGGAAUAUGUGGAACUUAAAUGUGGUGAGAAAUACAUUCUCGAGCAUCCAGAUCUAGUCUCUCUUUUUAAGUCUUCAGAUCCUCCUGACCUGCCUAUAUCUGUGAUUGCACCAGCAUUAGAGCUACUCGAGCUUGCUUUUGCAUCACUCACGGAAGCUGAAGUUCAAUCUAUCGACAUUAAAUGA